UUUUCUGUCCAGGAAAUGUAUCAGUGAAGAUAAAAACUGAACUCUGACACACACGCACACUCACUCACUCACUCACUCACUCUCUCUCUCUCUCACACACACACACACACACACACACACACACACACACACACACACACACAGUUUAAACAGAUCUAACGUUUAUAAAAUAACAGAUUGAGGAAAGCUAACGGCGCUAACGGGAGCUCGCGGAUUCACCUGAGGUUUAACUGAAAACUGCCGCGAGUUUGACUGAAAAAGGCGAGAAAAAGUACAAUGUCAGGAGAUCUGUGUGAAAGACAGAAGUCUGUGUCUCUCACCCCACCACUGGUCUCUCUGCACACAACCAUGGAUGGAAAAUACAAAGAUAUUACAGAGGAGCUGUUGGCCCGCUCUCUGGUGGAUGGGGAAGUUCGGAGUGCUCCAUAUGAGUUUCCAGAGGACACACCCAUUGAGCAGCUAGAGGAGAAACGACACCGACUGGAGAGACAGAUCAGCCAAGACAUCAGGCUUGAGCCAGAGAUUCUGCUGAGAGCCAAACAGGACUUCCUGAAAACUGACAGCUCUGCUGACCUGCAGAGUCUGAGAGAGAAGGAUGAGGUGAUGGUGGAUCAUCAUGAGCUUCAGGAGAAAGAGACAGUGAUAGAGAGACAGUUUCAGCGCGUCACCAUCUCCGGAGAGGAGAAGUGUGGGGUGCCAUUUUCUGACCUGGCUGACUCAGCGGUGUGUAUCAUUAAGGCGUUGUUUAUUAGACAGAAGUACAUGUGUGCGUCAAUGCAGGACUUCUGCAGUACCACCUCCCGCCUGCUGAAGCAGCUCUCUCACACACACACACAGCACUGUAGCUUCAACAAGGACAUGCCUGAGAGUGGAGAUGCCCUGAUGCCCCCCCCGGUGUCAGAGACACAUCCGUAUGAGGGGCAGGAGUUUACCAUUCUGCCCCCUGACCUCGGCUACAGCUGCAGCAUUGAACACGGCAUUGUGCACGUCUACACAUCUCCCACACACAGUACAGAGUUGGACCUUCCGUAUCCGGACCUGCAGGAGUUUAUCACUGAUAUGACCUUUAUGAUGGCACUUAUCAUCAAUGGCCCAGUAAAGUCUUUUUGUUACCGGCGGCUGCAGUACCUCAGCUCGAAGUUCCAGAUGCACAUCCUGCUUAACGAGAUGAAGGAACUUGCUGCUCAGAAACAGGUUCCUCAUCGAGACUUCUACAACAUUCGCAAGGUAGACACACACAUCCAUGCCUCAUCCUGUAUGAAUCAGAAACACCUGCUGCGCUUUAUAAAGCGAGCCAUGAAAAAGUACCCAGAUGAGGUGGUGCACAUGGAGGGUGGGCGUGGCCAAACACUGACUGAGGUCUUCCACAACAUGAACCUGACGGCCUACGACCUGAGCGUGGACACACUCGACAUGCAUGCGGACCGGAAUACCUUUCAUCGAUUUGAUAAGUUUAAUGCAAAGUACAACCCAAUCGGAGAGUCAAUACUGCGAGAGAUCUUCAUCAAAACUGAUAACCACAUCCAGGGCAAAUACUUUGCCCACAUCAUCAAGGAAGUGAUGUCAGACCUAGAGGAGAGUAAGUACCAGAAUGCCGAGCUGCGUCUGUCUGUUUACGGACGAUCGAGAGACGAGUGGGACAAACUGGCUGAAUGGGCCGUCACACACUCCGUCUACUCACACAAUGUCCGCUGGCUCAUCCAGAUCCCACGCCUGUAUGAUGUGUACCGCAGUAAGAGACAGUUGAUGAAUUUCCAGCAGAUGUUGGAGAACAUCUUCCUGCCACUGUUUGAGGUGACAAUCAGCCCAAACACACACCCAAAGCUGCACCUGUUCCUGCAGCAUGUGGUGGGCUUUGACAGUGUUGAUGAUGAGUCGAAACCAGAGCACCAUGUGUUCAGUUUGUACAGCCCUCGACCUGAUAACUGGACUGAGGAGGAGAACCCUCCAUACUCCUAUUACCUUUACUACACCUAUGCUAACAUGACCGUGCUGAACCACCUGCGCAGGAGGCGGGGCUUCAACACUUUUGUGCUGCGACCUCACUGUGGAGAGGCAGGGCCUGUUCACCACCUGGUGUCUGGAUUCAUGCUGUCGGCCAACAUCUCACACGGCCUGAUGCUCAGGAAGGUCCCUGUGCUGCAGUACCUUUAUUACCUGGCGCAGGUGGGCAUCGCCAUGUCACCCCUCAGCAACAACAGUCUGUUUCUCAGUUACCAUAGAAACCCGUUAUACGAGUACCUGUCACGCGGCCUCAUGGUCUCUCUCUCCACCGAUGAUCCGCUGCAGUUCCACUUCACCAAGGAGCCCCUGAUGGAGGAGUACAGUAUUGCCGCUCAAGUAUGGAAGCUCAGCUCGUGUGACAUGUGUGAGUUAGCAAGAAACAGUGUGCUCAUGAGUGGCUUCUCACACAAGGUGAAGAUAUCAUGGUUGGGGGCAGGGUACAUGCACGAGGGUCCGGAUGGUAACGAUAUCCGCCGCUCCAACGUUCCCGACAUCCGCCUCGCCUUCCGACACGAGACUCUGUGUGAUGAGCUGCAGCUUAUUACCCAGGCUGCACACAUACAGGGGGCGGGGCCAGAAGAGGAGACUCCACCCUCCAUGGGGCCAUGAAGAAAUUAAAAUGAGAUUAUUCAUCCUCGUUUCCUUCCCUCUCUUUUAUAUACUUUGGUUCUUUCAAGGUUCUGGGCUGUGGAUCAGAAGGUGAUGUUUGAUGACCAGCUGUCACUGUUAGGCCUUCACCAACCCCUUAACCCUCCAGUGCUCCUAAAGGCGCUGACCUCUGACCCCAAGUGCUUUCCGUUAUACACACAUUCUAUAUACAUUCUAAAUACAUUCUAUAUGUGUGUAUAUUACAGCAAAGUAUACACUCAGCCCCCCUCCUUCUCUCUACUCCUCUCUCUCUCCUUCUCUCUCGUCCCCUCCCUUCUCUCUCUUCUCCUCUCUCUCUCUCUCUCUCUCUCUCUCUUCUCCUUCUCUCUCUCUUUCUCUCUCUUGUUUCUCUCUCUCAAUCUCUCUUCUCUCUCUGUGUCUGUAGUGGUUUUGUGUUUCUUCAAUAUACACAAGUUAUGUUUAGACAGUAGUGAUAUGUAAUUUUAAUCAUAUAAAGUAUAAAAGUCACAGUUUACACGUAUACAGUGGAAUAUAUAGUAAGACCUAUGUUGUAUUUUAGGUGUUUGGUGGUGUUUGUAUAAGAGCAGUAUUAGGAGCAGUGAGGAGCUCAGGUUAUUUGUGAAGUUUAAGAAACAUGUCCUGGGUGAAGCUCCUGAUGAAGCUGGGUAAGAAGAUGCAGAUGCUUUUCAAUUAAAACAUCAAAGCAUUUGAGCUUAACAUGUUUAUCAGUCACAACAUUCCACGUGUGUAAUUUUAUAGUGAAAAUUAUUCAUUAUUAUUCUAAAAUUAUACGAAUGAAGAAAACUCGUUUUAGCAGACUGGAAGUGUGUGUGUGUGUGUGUGUGUAUAUAUAUAUAUAUAUAUAUAUAUAUGUGUGUGUGUGUGUGUGUAUGUGUGAAAUAAACACCGGUCCUGUUGCUAAUCGUUAGCGAACACAAACACCAACACUUUUACUGUGUUCAUUAUAAUAAUUUAAUUUAUUUACAUUAUGAUAACUGUGUAUAUUCUUUUGUUUACAUAAUUACAUUUUUUAUAAAAUCUU